CUCGGCCUCUUUCACCGUGGAGAGCGGCGCAACGGUCAGGUAGAGUUCGCUUCACUUUUACCCUUUUACUAGUUUUUACCCUUUAAGCUCUUUGUUUUGCUGUGGCGCGUGGUCGUGCUGGCCGCGCUGCGGUGUCAGCGGAUGCCCGCUCUAUCCCCGUUUUACCGCUAAACUACGCUGUGAGUUGCACGUGGCGGUGGGUGCUGCGGAGUCGCCCCGCACCGCCUCAGCCGCCGCUCAGAGACAUUUCCUUUUCCUACAGGUUCCACCAAAGCCUGUUUAAGCUUGGUUUGCCCAUUUCGCUCUAACGUGAGUAUCUUUCACGUGUCCCCGCCGCGUGGUCGGCGGAGCUGGGAUGCGCGGGGGCCUGGGGCAGGCAAGGUGAUUAUAAAUGUUUAUAGCCAAGGUCCAACGUGGAUAUCCGGAGAAGUCGCUCUCUCUCGGCUCUGUCCGUGUGGCGCGUGGGAGCGCAGGCCUUUGGGCCCGUGACGUAUAGUCCCUUUCCACGACGUUGGAGAGCAAGCCGGGCCCCGAGCCUGCAGCCUGCAUAUUCCUACUGCUUCUCUGAGCCCUUGGGCCGUGACAGAGGAGACAAACCAUGCAGGAAACACUGACACGCUGGGUGGGACGGGGAACACGUGCCGAGCUGGGAGGGGGAGACAUUAAAGCACAACCUCCUGAGCAAAUCCUUAAAUUCCUUUUUUUUCUUCAUUUCCAGAACCGAAAUUAAAAAAAGUUUGAGUGAAACAAGAUUUUUAAAGGUAAUUGCGUUAAAAAUGUAAUAUUAUGCCUAUUUCAAAGAUGUUUCUAGAAUAAUGGGUCGGUUUAGUGAUAAAAUUUAAAACGUAAGUCCUGUUUAGAGGCUCCUAGCUUUGACGAUUGUGUUGGAUUUUGGAUAGACGAGGGAGAAAAAGGCCACAAGUCUUAGCAGACAGAAAAAAACACUGCAGAUCGUUGGACACAAAAAAAAAGCAGGAAAAAAUACCUUUUUUUUUUUUUAUAAAUAUUGCAGAAUCUGCUGGGGCGAAGUGACAAAGAAAAUCCGCCUUUAGUGGGAAAGGAUUCCACGAUGCCGGGAAAACGCAGAGUGCAGAUCCUGGUCCCAGAAGAAGUGUCUUCUGAGAUGAAAAAGGUUAAAGAUUCCAAGAUGCCAGCAAAACGCAGAAUGAAGAUCCUGGUGCCAGAAGAAGAUUCUACUGAGACAAAAAAGGUUAAAGUCUGCCACCCAUCACAUCGCUCACAGCCUGGGCUGGUGCUGACACUGGGCCAGGGUAAUGUUGGGCAGCUGGGUCUGGGUGAAGACAUCAUGGAGAGGAAGAAGCCAGCUCUGGUCACGCUGCCGGAGAUGGUGGUGCAGGUGGAAGCUGGAGGGAUGCACACGGUGUGCCUCAGCCAGACUGGAAAGAUCUACACCUUUGGCUGCAAUGAUGAAGGUGCCCUGGGACGCGACACCUCGGCUGAAGGGUCUGAGAGCUCUCCAGGGCUGGUGGAGCUGCAGGAGAAGGUGGUGCAGGUGUCGGCGGGGGACAGCCACACGGCCGCGCUGACUGAGGAUGGCAGGGUCUUUGUCUGGGGCUCCUUCCGGGAUAACAAUGGAGUGAUCGGCUUGCUGGAGCCCUUGAAGACAAGCUCCAGUCCUGUGCUGCUCCAGCUCAAUACCCCUGUUGUUAAAAUAGUGUCAGGAAAUGACCACUUGGUGAUGCUGACAGUGGAUGGCGACCUGUUCACGUGUGGCUGUGGUGAACAGGGCCAGCUGGGCAGAGUGCCAGCACUCUUUGCCACCCGAGGAGGACGGCGAGGACUGGAACGGAUGCUGGUCCCCCAGCUUGUCCCUGUCAGAGGCAGAGGGAGAAGAAGCAAAAUGCGCUUCCAGGACGCUUUCUGCGGGGCGUAUUUCACCUUCGCCGUCACGCGUGAGGGACACAUCUAUGGAUUUGGCCUCUCCAACUACCACCAGCUGGGGACCCAGGACACCGAGCCCUGCUUCUCCCCGCAGAACCUCACGUCCUUCAAGAACUCCACCAAGUCUUGGGUUGGGUUCUCUGGUGGGCAGCACCACACGGUCUGCGUUGACUCUGAGGGUAAAGCCUACAGCCUGGGCAGGGCAGAGUAUGGCCGACUGGGCCUUGGGACAGGGGCAGAGGAGAAGAGUGCACCCACCGUUAUCCCGGAGCUCCCCAGUAUCAUCUCGGUGGCCUGUGGAGCGUCAGUUGGCUAUGCUGUCAGCAGUGAUGGACGAGCGUUUGCGUGGGGAAUGGGCACUAACUACCAGCUGGGCACUGGAGAGGAGGAUGAUGUCUGGAGCCCCGUGGAGAUGACGGGGAAGCAGCUGGAGAACCGGCGGGUGCUGGCCGUGUCCAGCGGUGGGCAGCACACGGUGCUGCUGGUCAGUGACAAGGAGCAGAGCUGAUGAAGCGACACCGCAGCCAGACCCAGCGGAAUCACAGCACCCCCAGACCCCCCACAACUUCUGCCUGGGUUGGGGAGCCGAUUACUUGGGGAGGGCAGGAGGCUCAUGGAGCUCGGCCCAGCAGUGCCUGUGUGGCUGGAACAGGGUGCCCGUGGGUUCUCUCUGCAAGCGUUUGUCUGUUUUCCUGUGGUGCCCAGUGCUCUGUCAGCUCCCCGGGUCAGCUUGGUCCUAAACUGAUCCCAGUUCUGUGCCUGGAUGGAUUUACACUUCUUCUCGUCUUUUUUUUUUUUUUUUUUUUAACAUUUCCUGGCCCAGCAAAGCUGAGGGUUUUGUUCUUUACUCUGCAAUCAGGUUUGGGUAAUAGUCUCCCUGAGGUCCCCAUGUCCCCCACAUCUGGAUGCUCUUCCAGCCCCUUCACCUAAAUCACCUCUGGAUUUGUCUGCUGCCACCCCCCAAACCCCUCUGAGCCUGUUCCGGGUGGAUCUGAGUCCAGCAGGAAUGUGCCCAGGAAGCUCUGUCCUCUAAUCCAGAGCUUGUGACUGCUGUGGGGAAAUUCUGCCUGGUGAGGGAGAAUGCUGUUGGAUGAUGCCUAGCACAGUGUGACCGCUGGAGGCUCCUGCCUCCCUCAAGCUGAGCCCUCCCUCAAGCUGAGCCCCUGCCUGGCAGUCAGGCCAGGAGCAGAUUCCCCACUCCCCAUGGCCUGGAGCAGCUGCCUCAUGCUACUGUUCCCAGUCCUGGCCACUCCCUCUUUGCCAUUGCCUUUGGAAACCCAACCAAAUCCAUCCCACCGGUGGGAACACUGUUACUUUAAUUUUUUCUCUUUCACUUGUUAAGGAAGGAGGUUCAUUUGCUGUUAGGGCCUGGAUGAGCAGACACCCAGACCGUAGCUAUGCACGGAGUUGCUGGAAACAACAGCACUCCUCCUUCCCGUUGCCUCCCUGAUCCAACUGGUCUUGAUUCCUGUGCCCAGCCUGCUCCAUCCUCUCCUUACAGGAGGUACCUUCCAGGUGCCUGGAGUGAGGAGGGCUCUGCAAAAAGUUAAUUGUAGCAAUAGGAGGGGGGGUUGUGGCUGGGGAAGGGUGUCUGGGGUUAUACAAUGGUUCCAAAGGGGUUGGAUUUUUUUAAAAAAGAAAAUGUAUUUUGGUUGAUUAAUCAAGGCAGAAAGGACAAAAAAAAAAUCUUUUAAAUUUGGAAUAAACUGAGUUUUGAUAAA